CACGGGUGGAAGGACGUACCAAAGUAAUCUGUUUGAAUAAACAGUAAACAUAAACAGUUGAUAAAAUAUGAGAAUCAAGGUGUCAAUGUGUUGUACUAUACUAGUCUGAGGAAGGGAAUUAUCUGUAUAUAUUGUGAACGCAGAGCUAAAACACAAAAAGGGGGCGGUAAUGCGCCAAAGUAAUGGGAGCCAACCGCCAUAAAACCGACGAAGAAGAAGAUUUAGGUGAAAGGUUGCCAACAUUUGCCUGCAAUGACUGUUUGAGCUAACAGAAGAUUUAAGUGAAGAAGUUUGAUUGCUGUACUUUCUAAUAGUCAUCAUGGCACUACUCAGAGGUGUAUUCGUGGUAGCUGCCAAACGCACUCCAUUUGGUACCUAUGGUGGUGUUCUGAAGGACCACAGUGCAACAGACUUGGCUGAGCAUGCAGCCAAAGCUGCCCUGGCUGCAGGGGGCGUGGUACCAGAACUAAUAAACAGUGUUAUCAUGGGCAACGUCAUGCAGAGCUCAGCAGAUGCCCCCUACAUUGCUCGCCAUGUUGGCCUGAGGUGUGGUGUUCCUAUCCCAGUGCCGGCUCUCACUGUCAAUAGGCUGUGUGGCUCUGGUUUCCAGUCCAUCAUCAGUGGUGCUCAGGAAAUCUGUCUAAAGGAGUCUGAGGUUGUCUUGUGUGGUGGUUCAGAGAGCAUGAGCCAGGCUCCCUACGCUGUUCGCAACAUCCGAUUUGGUACAAAGUUUGGAUUUGAUCUCAAGAUGGAGGACACCUUAUGGGCGGGGUUGACUGACCUGCAUGUCAAAAUCCCAAUGGGCAUCACAGCAGAAAACCUGGCAGAGAAAUAUCAAAUCACACGAGAGGACUGCGACAACUAUGCGUACCAGACACAGCAAAGAUGGAAAGCAGCACACGAGGCUGGCCACUACACGGCAGAAAUCGCUCCUAUUGAUUUAAAAUCCAAGAAAGGCACAGUAUCCAUGGCCAAGGAUGAACACCCUCGCCCUCAGACCACCAUGGAGCAGAUGGCCAAACUGCCGACCGUCUUCAAGAAGGGGGGGACUGUCACUGCUGCCAACGCUUCAGGUGUAUCUGAUGGUGCUGCUGCUGUGGUGAUCGCCAGCGAGGAUGCACUCGGUCAGCACAAGCUCACUCCGCUGGCAAGAAUUGUGGCCUAUCAUGUGUCGGGCUGCGACCCGAGCAUCAUGGGAAUCGGCCCAGUCCCAGCCAUCACUGAAGCUCUCAAAAAAGCAGGCCUCUCGCUCAGUGACAUGGACCUGGUGGAGGUAAAUGAGGCAUUUGCCCCCCAGUACUUGGCUGUUGCCAAGGCUCUCGGUCUGGAUCCAGAAAAAAGCAACGUGAACGGCGGCGCCAUCGCCAUCGGACAUCCACUCGGCGCUUCGGGGACUCGCAUCACCGCUCACCUGGUUCACGAGCUCAGGCGACGAGGUGGCAAGUACGCCGUGGGAUCAGCUUGCAUCGGAGGCGGCCAAGGUAUCGCCAUCAUCCUGGAAAAGUGCUGAGUUUUGCUGUCUUAGAAAAGGAAUGUCACUGGAGAAAUCUGUUCGCUCACAUAUUCACAUAAUGUAAACACGACUGAUUUCAUGACCUUUUGCAAUGGAAGUACAUUUACACAAACAUUGCCUUACGUGAAUAAUCCAAAAUAAUGAAUGAGUUUGUGAAUGAAAGACUUAGAAGCUGUGUAUAAAAACAUGACAUUUGCCUUUAUGUAUUUUAAUCAGCCCAUUACAAUAAUCUCUGACAAAAAUCAUGUUUUAGGAUUUCUCUGUUGGAUUGACUCAAUAAAUGACAUUUUCAAAA